AUGGUGACUGACAGGCCCGGAAAAUAUAACGAGUAUGAUUUGUUAGAGGAACGUAAGAAAAGGAACGAAACAGACGAUCCCGAAGUUGAAGAGUAUUUCAAAGCAAAAGAAUUGUUUACGAAAGGAUAUGAACUUGCUUCUAAAAUUCCGGAUAAUUCAGAGGAAGAAACUCUGAAAAAAUACGAACGGGAAAUUUUUGAAUCCACACAGUACCUCGUCGAGGCAUUUUUGUUAGACGACAAGGCGACAGAAAUGUCAUCCAGGAUCAUGUCGCUUGCUCAACAAUAUGAAAAACUCUUAAAGUUAGGAGAGGAUAGCGAAAAAAAAGAGAUCGAAGAAAAGGUUGUAGAAAUUAAAGAUGAGGAAAUAUCGGAGCAAAAAAAAAUCAAAGAUUCUCACGCAUCUGCCGAAGAAGCUGACGCCUCUGAACCAGAAUUCACGAGAGAGUCUCUCAUAUUGGUCAUUUGGCUCCUUUUCAAUGGCAAACAAUAUAAAUUUUGUAUUCAAACUCUUACCGUUGCUCUUAAUCAACUUGAACCGGCCCUCUACCCACGCCUCCUCCACCUCCGCGCUUCGUGCCAUCUUGCCAUUGGUGAUCACAAAUCGUGCGUGAAAGAUCUCGAGCGGUUGACGUCAAUUAAGUCCGAUUUUGUUAGUGCAUAUAACAUUCUAGGAUCCAUACACAUGUCACAAGGAGAUAGAUUAGAUGCCGCACGUAAUUUCAAAAUAUACAUUGAAAAGGCAAACAAAGACUCAUUGUCUUACUCUCACGCUCUUUACUCUCUGUGUGCACUUACGAUUCAAAAUGCCACAUCCGCUACAACAGGGAAUCGUCUACGUAUCCAGCAAGCAUUCAAUUAUUAUCAAAAAGCCAAAGAAGCGGAAAUUAGAUACGAAAAUCUUUAUGGUCGAAAGCCUGAGAUGACCGAUGUUAAGCUGGAAAAGGAUUCCAAAAAGGAGGCCGAGAGGUUGGCUCCGAUUUUGCAGCAGUUGUUUAAAAAAUGCAACCAUUGUAAUAGUCUCUCGAGGAAAAAUGAAAAUGGGGAG